UAGAGCAUCUAUAACGACCAGAUAGAUUUAUAUGUACUAACUGUUUAUAUUCGUGUGACACUACAUUGCCAAUUAGCAUAUAUACAUAAACGUAAAGUUCAAUUAAGGUAUACAGGUAUAAUAUAUAGUAAACUAUAUAUAUAUACGUAUUUACUGAGUCGUGUAUAUAUGAAUAUAUGAGAGAUAUAAGAUGGUUUAGAUCUAAGCGGUACGUAUACGUUUUCGUCUCUAUUAAAUAAUCUGUUAACACCGGCAUACAUGUACAUGCUCAAGUGUAUUAAGGUAAAAAGAUUAAACGUAAAAUAGCUGUGUAUUGCGUAAACCCGUGACACGUUUUAAGCAUUAAUAUUUUAUGAUUUUAUAUUUUAAGAAGAAUGACUCAACUUUAAGGUCCAUUAAGCGUAAAACACGACUUACAUCACUGUGUCGGGAUCUUAGCUAAGAUACGGAUUUAAGUAAAUCAAAAAUAAACAGUGGUUAAUGUACGCAAAAAGUUGGACAUUUUUUUCAUUAUCUGUACCAGUAUUUAAAUUUCAAAGUAGGUUAAGUGGAGUUUGCUGUCAACAGAAUAGAGUUAACAUGUGAUAAUCAACAGAAAUAGCCUAGGACAGGAAGUGAAGGAAAGAUAAAGAACGGAGAAACAUUAAGAGACAUUGAUACAAAAGAGUAAAGAUGGGCUGUUUCGACGGGCUAGCUCGGCUGUUACUAGUCGUACUUAAUAUUGUGUUCAUGCUUGCUGGUCUUGCCAUAUUUGUUGUUGGGUUUAUACUACGGUAUGGAAAGACAAUAUACGAACCUUUCUUGGAGACGGGUAUCACCCAGCUGGAGAAGGUUACCAAGGAUACGGGACUAGCUGCCCUCAGUGUGGAUGACAUCAACCUUGGCGAGGUUAUGACGGGACUAGCUACCGGUCUAAUAAUUGGUGGCCUGGCACUUUUCGCUUUAUCCUUCGUGGGCUGUUGCGGGGCAUGCUGUAAAGUGGGAUUUAUGCUGUGGUUGUACAUUAUAGUGUUAAUAGUGUUUUUUGUCGGUGAAAUGGUGGCUAUUGGUCUGCUGUACGGCAAACCGGAUUUGGUAACCGACCAGUUGAAAAGUUCUCUGUCCGAAUAUAAGGGCAUUGCGUCCGCUGAAGUAUAUUCACUUGCUUGGAAUAUUAUAAUGAUUCAGUUUAAAUGUUGCGGAGUUGACAGCUAUAAAGAUUUUAGCCAAGCGACCUCUUGGAACAGAACGUUGCAAACUACUGGUAGAACUAUAACUUUGGAGACGCCAGUGGCAUGCUGUAAAACCUUGCCUUCAUCCAAAGAAACCUCGCAUUUCAACUGUGCAACAAAAUACGAUAUCUCAACUAAUAAUGGCAUGACAGGAUGUUAUCAAACGAUAUGGGAUUUAUCUAUGGCGGAUACUGCACUGAUGGUCCCGAUUCUUGUGGCGCUAGGGAUUUUCCAGAUCGCGUUUAUUAUAUUUGCCAUUACUGUUGCAAGGUCGGAAGAAAAAUCGGUGUUUCCAGUCUAAAGAAAAUAAAGAACGGCCACCAGUGAGGUGAUUUUGUCUCUGAAGCUUCCUGUGAUAUAGCUAAUAUACCAGAAUUCCCUGUUCUGACCAGUUAUAAUACAUAAUAUUGUCUACUUACUUAUAAAGGAUAUUCCAGUGCGUGUAGACGUAUUGUACAAUGUUGCACGACACGUGUGUUCACAUUAUGUGAUGUGCCAGACGCCUUAUGAAUAGAUGUAAAUACUGUCUUGAAGUCACAAAGUGGCUAAAGUCACUGUGAAACUAUUUUUACCUUCCUAUUCAUUUUUUUUUUCGUUCAAAAUGAGGCUUUAUCAGACAGGUUGAUACAACAUCUCGUACCAUCACCGGCUCUGGGUUUUCUUAAUCAGUAUCACAAUCAGACUAUUGAAAUUCGGAAACGAUAGUAUAUUAAAAAGUAGUCGGUCAAACCAACCGACUAGGGUGAUACGGGUUAAAAAACACCGAGUCGAUGAUGAUACAUGUAUCGGUAGGAAAUAAAAGAAAAAAACUCGUGUAUUGAUCUGGGCGUUCUCAAUGGUUGUGUUACUAAUCGAAUGAAUGUGUUGUCCUUUGGACUCGGGGGAAACCCAAAGUCACACAAUCAACGGGACGUUAUACAUACACCAAUAUCAACACACUUGUAUAAUAUCUCCAGUGAUUCAUUCCGCGAAUCGGAUUUCAUCCUAAUUUACUCCAGCGGUACUUCGGAGUGAAAAAAAACUGACUAUACAAUUUGGUGAUCCGCCGAGGAUCGAAUUUGAUAGGUUUUCUGCGUGAGUUGAACUGUAAAUGGGCACCAUGAAGGUUGCUGGAUCAAAAGAUGCACCUUAGCAUAAAGUUCUUAAUGUGUUCAUAAUGGUGUGUUGAAUGUGACACAAAUUAGUGUGUUAGCGCGAGUUACUUAGAUUCAUAUACAUGUAAUGAAAGCGUAUUUGAAGCAGGGUAAAUCAAGUGGCAUAUAUCAUAGUCAUUCGUCGUUUUGUUUUUAUGAGUCACUUGUGAGGAUAAAAGCAUUUUUAUAGCAUGAUUGCAAAAAAAUGCGUUUGUCUGUCCGUCGUAUUUUGGGUCCGGCGCGUAAUUUGAAAAUAACUUAAGGUGCUGUUUCUAAAACUUGUCAUUAAGGUAGGCUGAGAUGAGACGCUGUACAGAGCGCAUUAAAUGGUUCGUAUCUUUGAUCUGUUUGUUGUAAUUUUCUGAGCCCGGUUUUAAUGUGACAUAAUGUUGAUGAAUGUUUUGUUUUAUGAGUUUUUAUGGUUAUUGUUAUAUGUUAAUCCAAGAAGAUUUGUUGAUAUGUUUGAUUUAUAUUGGUUAACUGCAGAUUGAAAUGUCGUCUGCUGCAUGCGUUCCGUGUUUCAUAUACGUUGUCUGUUUUCGUGACGGUUAAAUGUGCCAAUCAUUGUAAAAAUUACCUAAAGAUUUAAGUUUUCUUUUGUUAUUUGUACAGUAUGUAAAUUGUAAUUACAAUAUACGCAAUAUACGAUAUACUGUUAUUUUUACUGUUAUGAUAUUAUACAAUAAAAAUGGUUCAAUGUUAAA